AUGGCUAUCUGGCCCUUUACAUCAUCCGAUUCCUCUUCUACAUCACCCGCACACGAGCCCCCAACACCUUCCUCAGACGGCGCAUACAUAGCGCCAGACCGAAUAUCGCGGAAACGGUGCUGGGAGGCGCGAGAUCGAUUCUUCGACUGCCUGGAGCAGAAUGGAAUUGUUGAUAGUCUGAAGGAAAAAGAUCGGACGAGAAAGACAUGUGGGAAGGAAGAUGAAGAGCUGGGGAGAGAGUGCGUGGCUAGUUGGGUCACCUACUUCAAACAGCGAAGAGUGAUGGAACAUAACAAGAAGACUACACUGGAGAAGCUGGCAAAGGAAGGCGCAGAAAAGAUAUCAGACAAGGAGUUACCUCCAAAUCUGCCCAGAGGGAAGCCACCAUCAUGA